UUCUAAUGAUCAUAGUAUUGGAGGUUCAUCUCAAUAUAAGAAAUCACCAAAAUCUGCUGCCGUAGUUGGUAUAAGAACAUGGACUCAUGAAUUAUUAGUAUGGUUAAAUAUGAAAUAUGAUAUGCCUAUUCAAUUAAGAAUCUCCCUUGCUCGAGUUUAUUAUGCUAUAUGUUUAUCUCGUGGUCAACAUAUUAAUUUAAAAGUUUAUGUUCGAGUAUUUGAAUUACUUACCAAAGAUCGUCAUUUUCUUAAAACUAAUGGGUUACUACUUGAUUGGAAUGAUCUUUGUCAAGAAUUUAUUAAUUUAUUUCAUCCUUUAGAACCUUCUGCUACUAGAUUUGAAUUAAAGAAUACUAAACAAUUAAUUAUUUUAUCAUCUCGAGCUUCUUACUUCUUUGAACCUCAAGCAUUACCACAAAUUUAUACUAAAUUAGGGGCACAUUUUACAUUAGCUGAUUCAAGUUUAGUAUUAUCAGCGUUUUCAUUAUUACCUCAAAAUUUUACACCUAAUGGUAUAAAUGAUCCAUUAGAUAUUCGUCAUUAUAUAUCAUCAUUAUAUUAUAUGUGGAAAAAAUUAGGUAAAUCUACAAGUUUUGAAGAACAAGUAACUUCUCGUUUAGGACAUUUUGCCUUAUCAUCAUUAAGAUUCUUAAAUGAUAAUCCUCAAAGUCAUGAAUAUCUUAAAUUAGAGAAAUUUGGGAUAUUUACUGAAGAUCAAAUGCAAUUUGUUAUUAAUACUUUGCUUAAUAGUUUAGGAAUUAUGAUUGAAAAGUAUGCUUCUAAUAAGUGUAAAUACUUUCAUGGAUUUGCUCUGAUGUUGGUAUUCUCGAUGUUUGGAGAUUCAUCUGGUUCAUCUUCCACCAUUAUGAAUUAUUUAAAGACUUUGUUAAAUGCCGUAGAAAGUUAUGUUCAUCCAUCGAAUUCUGGCGAUUGGUCGAAACCCAUCGCCCUCUUUACUUCAUCGUUAAUUCGUCAAUUCCAUUCCCGAUAUAAUGUUGAAAAUGAACCAUUUGGAAUGCUUAAUCAAAUCCCUACUCGAUAUAAAUUAAGUCAAUCUAUGAUUGAUGAAUUUGUAGAAAUGUUUCUUCCGAUAGUUAAUACGGGAAUUCAAUCCAAGAAUAAUGAAAUUGUUGAAGAAUAUAUUGGAGCUUUACAACAUUUGGCUCAUUUAAAUCCAACAAAGGUGCUUGAUUAUGUAUUAUUAGAUAUUUAUGAAUCACUUCAAGGAGUUAUAUCAACUCAUAGAGUAUAUACUGCUAUCCAAGAGAUUGAUGUAUUGGCUCGAUAUAUUGUGGCUACCCCGAUAUAUCGAGUUCAUGUUCCUAAAUUACUCGUAAUGAUCCUUCCAGGUUUCGAUACUAACGAUUUAGAAAAGACUUUAUUAGCUUUGAAUUGUAUAUCUGCUUAUGCUUCAGUAGUUCCAUUUGCUGAUUUAACUGACGGACAGGGUGAUCCCACUUUUGCUUGGACAUUUAUUCAGGAUCAUUUACAGUAUCUCAGUCAUCGUCAAUAUGAAAAGGACCUGUCAGAGACAUUUGUAGUUGAUUCUGAAACUGAAUUACAAGCUUUGAAAUCGGCUAGUGCAGCAUUUACAACCAUUCUGAAAACUCUAAGUCAACGUAUCAUUGAAUUGUUAGAGAAUCUUACUGAUCCUAAACAGAGUGAUGGAGCUGAGGCAGAGAUAUCGGAUGUGUUACCUAAAUUACUUUAUGUAUUAAGUGAAUCAUUAUCCGAUACCAUCUUUACCAGUUUCCGAAAUGAUUUCUUUGACUUUAUAUUCAAUAAUCAAGUGCAUGCAAUUGCCAAUAUCGCGGCUGAUAUUUGUGGAGCACUCAUAAAGAGAGAUCCUAAACCAUUUAAAAAGUAUGCUAGACACCUCAUUGAACGAAUUAAACAAGAGAUUGAAGACAAUGGUGCUGGUAAGGUUCGAACCGGUGAAGAAGUUGUACCUCGAGAUCAGGGUUUACAUUGGAAUUUAGUGAUUUUAAAUGAAUGUGUGGCCAAUGCUAAUGGUAGUGUAGUUGAAAUAGGCGAUGAGUUAACGGAAUUAUCCUUCUAUCUCAUGGAUAAUGUUAGAGGUCCAACUACAUUUGUCAGUAGUUAUCUCCUUCAUGUAAUUCUUCAAUCGUCAACUACCAUAAGAUUAAAGGAAUCUCGACUUAUAUCUCCAGCAUACAUUACUAAAUAUGGAUUAGAUGAAAAGUGUUGGGGAGCAUUCCAAUUCGACAAGGAUCGAUUUCAUCGCGAUAACUUGACGUUUGAUUGGUUUAUACCUCAAGAAAGUCAUGUCCAAUUUGCCGUAGAAACUUUUAAUGAUCAUACCACAAGAAUCUUAGAACAUAUUCAAACUCUCAUUAAAGAAUUCAAUCCUCAUGUUCACGAGGAUGCCAAUACUUCAGUUAAAAGAACUGAUGAAUUACGAGUAUAUCUCUACUAUUUAGGGUAUGCUCUAAGUGGAGUCUCGGGCCUUUUGGAUCCCUCGUUUGAAGAGUAUAUCCCCAAACUAAAUCAUCAAACUGAGUCUAUUCAACAACGAUUGAUACUUUUAAAGAAAAUCCGAGAAAUGGACGGCCAUAAGGAGGAAGUAGACCCGGAGAAUAUCAAUGAGAAUCUACAGAGAAUCAUUGAGAAUCUCAGUAAUGAUGAUUUGUUUACUUAUAUGCUUGAUGGAGAUAAGCUUAAUGAGCUUGUAGGGUCUGAUGAAGAUACCUCCACCAGCACCAGCACCAAUAAUAACAAUAAAGAUAUACCACUUGAAUCAGUAGAUAGUCUCGGUAAAGCUCAUACUGAUGAUCAUUCAUUCAAUAUGAUGAGAGAGCACAUGUUUAUGAAUAAGUCUGAAUCCUUAGCUCCAUCAGUAGAUGAAAGUCUUCGAGCCACUCCUCAAAUUGAAGGUAUAGAUAUGUCUCUGAUGAAUCCUGCUAUCACCUUCAGAGAACGGAAACUCUAUACGUCCAAUUAUUACUUUGGUGAUGAUAUGGAACUUCGUAAAGCUGAUCCAUUAUACUUGAAGCUUCAUAAGAUUUAUCGAUUAAUUGGUAAAUCUCUUCAUAUUCUUAGUAAGUUCUUAGUCAAUCAUUAUCCUGAUAAUCCUAAACUAUUUAAACAUUUCUUACUUGUAAUGAAUAUUUGGUUUGCUGAUGUGGGAAGAGAACGAUUACUUGGAGAUACCGUUAGUUGUAUAAGUUAUGGAUAUAUCUCAUUACUUCAAGAGAUAUCGGGAAUUCGAAAACCAUUCACUAGAGUGGCUAUUGGAGCUAGAAUUGAAAAGUAUCAUAAUAUAAGAGUGGCAUUACAUGCUACUAGUCGAACUCAAACUGAUUUAGAUAAAGUAUUAAUUGAAGAUGCUACGAAAUUAGCAGCUUCAACUUAUACGGCUAUAUCUCGAAGUGCUCAAUCACUUUUGGUAGAUGUAAUUAAACGAGUUAAUGGAUCUUAUACUACCAUUAUUAAAUCUGCUUUUAAACAUCUUUCUCGAGCUCUUGAUAAAGCCAAUACUCUUCAAAUUAAAGGAGCUUUGAAUGUGUUUUCAUUAAGAAAGAUUAAGAAUAAAUUAUCUAAUGAUUCUUAUAACAUUCAACGAUAUGUUGAACUAUUACAUCGAUGUUUAGAAGUCGAUAAUGUCGAAGUGUAUAACACCACUCAACAAUUAUUUAAGGGCGUGUAUAAGAAUAUAACUCCCCCUUCUAAUAUCUGUUUGAUUAAUCAUAAUCUUAUAGAUACCAUAAGACCACCCGAUGAGUUUAUUGAUUUAGAAAUUAAAGCUGUAACUUUAGCUAAGGAUCAUAAACGUCAAGUGAUUAUGAAUAAAAUCGAAGAAUUACAACUGGCCGUAAUGAUUCAUGAAAGUACUAAUUCUCAUUGGAGAACAACUUCUAUCAAUCUAGCCCUCCUUAUUAACUUACAGAUGGAUCCUUUGAUCCCUACCAACUAUGAAUUCUUUCAAUUAUUGGCUAAAGUAGCAGCCAAUGAUCAUCCUGUAUUAUCUCGAUUGGCUCUUAAGGGCAUUCUGAAUAUGAUUAAUAAACUUAAUCUUUUGGAUGGAUUGAAUUAUGAUGUGGCUAAGGGGUAUACGUUUGAUUUCCUCUAUAAAGGGUAUAAGUAUAUCGAUACUCAAUCAUCAAUUGAUGGUGGUCAAUCAUAUACUGAGACUUAUCGUCAAGAACUUGCCAAUACCACCAAUCCCACAUAUUUCAUAGAUCGAAAGGAUCUGCCAGGUUGGCUCUUCUGGGGAGAUACCUUGAAGGUAUUAAUGAAUGUGCCUAUCUAUCAAAUGACUUUGAAUGAGAAUGAUGAAACUACCGUUACAGCGUUUGGCAAUUGUAUAACUCGACCAUGGGUACUUAAUAUAAUCAAACUAUGGAUUAAUGAUAAUGAUGUGAAUAUCUCAUUUCAAGUAACAGAUGUAUAUUUCAUUAAUGAUUUAGUUCAUUUAAUCUCUAGUGGAUAUACUCCCAGCUUUAAUUUUGAAGAUUUAUUAAGUAUAGUGACGGAGAUAUAUGUCCUGGAUGAUAAAUCAACUCAUAUAGUUGUAUGUGAAAUAAUUACCGGAAUCUUAUUAGGAUCUAAAUUCAUUAAUCCUAGUUUAAUUAGGAGAAGAGAUGAAUUCAUAUCAACCUUUUUAAAUAACCUCUUUAAUCAUGACUUAUCUCCCGAUACAAAGUAUAUUUGGUAUACCUUCUCAUGGUGGAUUCCAUCUCAUAUUGAUAUUAGACGAUUCCCCAUAAUCAUGCAACAGAUUACUGAUAUUAAAUUAGAUAUUCAUUCGGAUUUCUCCUUUCAAGAAUCAACUCAAUUAAGUUUUAUAAGAUCUUUAGUUACUACGGUUAAUACCAAUUUAACUACUGAUGAUUGUGAAAGAUUAAUUCAAUUAUGUUUAAAUAAUAUUAAUCAUCGAUAUCAAGCAGUUCGAUCGCAAAUUGGAGCAUUACUUGCUGUAUUAUCAUUAGUAAAUUAUGAUGAAUCUGUAGCCAAUAGUCAACUAUUCAUCCAGAAUUGUAAUAAUCAUCAAAACUUGAAGUUUUAUGUAUUGGAUAAUCAUAUGAAUACGAUAAUUCCUCAAGUAUUCAAUCAACUUAAAGCUUGGAGAUCAGCUAUUUUGACGUUAACUCCUCAACAAAUCAUUAAAUCCGAUUACUUUUAUGGAUCUACCACUGUUUUAACAUGGAUGAAACAAAUCUUAAGUACUAGUAGUUCUAUAAUCUUUCAACCUUAUGUGGUUGAUUAUAUUUUACCAUUUGUAUUAGAAUUAAUUGAUUUAAAGGAAGUAUGUCAAUUGGGUAAUGUUGAUCCUACUGGAUUACUUCGAAAAUUAGGUCAAAUUCAUUAUACUAUUGAUUAUUUACCUCUGAUUAUAAUUGCUAUUAAUCAAUAUAGUCAUAAUAAAUCUUUCAAAGUUCAUACAGUAUUAUUAAUGGGAUUAUUUACUGAAACUGUAUACUUUAAGAACUUUUUCAAAUUCACUAAUGAACAGAGAAAUCAAAUGUUUGAUAUAACUUAUCAACGACUCUUUAAUGAACAUAAUGAAAUUAGAGAGGCAGGGUCUAAGACAUUUGCUGGACUUAUUCAUAUGUCACCCCCGGUUGAAGCUGAACAAUUAAUUAAUAAUUAUAAUCAUCAAUUUGUUAUACAAUUAGAUACCAUUAGAAAGAAGAAACAGAAGAAGAAUAAAACCACCACCACCAAUAGAUAUAGUAAUGAAGAUUUAAUUAAAUUACAUGGAAUUACUCUUGGAUUAGGAGCAUUAAUUCAUGCCUUUUCAUUCUCUUCUCCUCCUCCAUCAUGGGUCCCACAAAUCCUUACUAUUUUAGCCAAUAAAUGUUGUGGAAUUGAAGGAAUUGUUGGUAGAACUGCUAAGGAAACUCUUAGUAAAUUUAAAAAGGAUAGACAAGAUACUUGGCAUAUUGAUAGUAAAGUAUUUAGUGAAGAACAAAUGCAAGAUUUGGAAGGAGUACUUUGGAGAAGUUAUUUCAUUUGAAUAAUAAAUAUAAAUAUAGACAAAGUAUUAUUAUAUAGUAGUAGUUAGUAUAAUAUAAAUAUAAUAUAUAGUUAGUAUAUAGUUAGUAUAGACA